AUGUGGUUUGCGCUUUUUCAGGUAUUAUUAUUAAUGGGAAUACCAUUAGUUGACUGUCAAUCUUUCAACACUGACUUGAAUACCGUUUUAGGUUGUGAUCCUAAAACCAAUUCAUUAUCCAAAGGUUUUUCUGUAUCUUACUACCAUUAUCCCCUGAUACCAAGUGGUUCAGCUGGGUGCUAUGUGGGUGAUAGUCAAACUUUUUUAACAGAUGAAUAUUUACAUGGCGGUUAUGCAACAUAUGGGGAUGGUUUAAUCGGUAGCAGUACGGGCGUGACUGACUUAACAUUUCAGUUUCGUUUCCCAGGCGGCUGUUUGAGACCUAUAUUAGGAAGUUUGCCAUCUAAUUACAAUAAUCCGCCCCAAUUUUCCAUGUCCAAUUUUUCUAUGUUGAUUACGGGGUACUUCUUCGCUCCAAAAACUGGUUUAUAUGAUUUUGUUAUAACCAAUGGGGACGAUGUCAUUGAUAUAAAUAUGGGUGAUGGUAAGGCAUUUGCGUGUUGCCAACUUGAAAACACUAUAACCAAACCUGCUCCCUUUGACAUUUCCGUCGUUUGGCGUACAACGUCCGGUAGUGGCUCUUUUAAUCUAGUAGGAGGUUACUAUUACCCAUUAAGGAUAUUCUAUAUGAACCGCUACCAGGAUGCUGCUAUAAAAAUGUAUUUUAAGGAUCCAGAUGGUGUUGUGCACAACAAUUUCGACGGAUACGUGUUUACAAUCCCUGAUGGAGAAAAGUGCCCUGCUCCAGUUGCUACUACGACGUUACCAUGGACAUUUCAAUCAACGGCCACUGGAACCGCUAUUGGAACCACUACUGCUGUAGAUGGUGAGGCCAUAACUGAAGAUUUUAUCGUGGUCAGACUUCCACAUAUUGAAACUGCUACUGCAAUUAAUAUACCAUGGACCGGCACUUACACGACAACUGUAGCGACUGCUACCACCACAGUGACUGGCGUUGAUGGAAUACCAACUAUCGAAACCAUUUUCAUGUGGAAACCCCUGAGGUUGAAACAGCGACUACAAUUAAUGUGGCAUGGACUGGUUCGUACACGGCCACUUACUCCACUGAAUUGGUUACUACCACUGGUGCUGAUGGUGUUAUAA